AUGAGACCUUCUUGGAGGACCAGGCGGUGCCCCUCGUGGAGUGCCCCGAAGAGCUCGCCAAGCCAGCGCAAGGCUCGGCUGGAAAACAUCCCAGACCCUCCCGAAAGCGUCGAUGACGAGCAGCCCAGCACGUCGUUCCAACGCUCGGGUCUCAUUUUCACCAAGGACGUGGUACCCCCCGAGGUGUUGUUGCGAGCCGCCAAGAUGCGUCGCAUGAAGGCUCUAGCAGCGUUGGCACAGAAACGGGCCCAGAGCGCGGACGCCGACGGCGGGGAGCUCGAGGAGAAGCGAGUGGUCGAACCGGACCCGCCGUUCUCCUUCAACUUCGUCCGUGACACUCUUCUCAAGUACGAGCGUGUGGACGACUGGCUGAAGGACAUACACCACGAGUGUCGCAAGCUGCUUCGCUGGAAGCGCCCGUUCCGCACAGCCCUGUUCCUCACGGUGGCACUGUUCUGCAUCUGGAUGGGCUGUCUGCUGCAAUUGCUGCUCGCCCUACCUGUUCUCUACAUCAUCGGGCAGUCAUUCGACACAAGCUUCACCGGUUCCAACAAGAAAACGACCCGAAAGUCACGCCGUAUGCUUCAAGGUCGACGACGUGCCCAGGAUCCUGAAGCUAGACAUGCGAGUUUCGAAAACCUUCCAGGAGAUCUCGACUGCCUUCGACAAGACUAACAGCCUGCUGUCCUGGAAAAAACCCAGCACCACCCUGUGUUUUCUGCUGACUCUGCUGGCGCUGAUUCUGAUUGCCUUCUG